AUUUAUGAGUCAGUCAGCUGAGUUUUGCUUAGGAUUUUCAUUCAACUAGAAGCAGAAUAGUAAGUGCUUUGUUGUUAGAAAACGCAGUUAAAUCUAUCAAGUGUGUGUUGUACCAAAAGACAUGAAUCGAUAAGAGAAGUAGUGAAAGACAACAGCGAGCGGGUUGAACUGCAUCCAUCCAUCCUAAACAUUUGCAUUUAGAGGCCCAGCCAGCAUCAUCAACUUGACCUACAAUUUUGCAGUUCUCCGUCGUAACUGGUUCCUUUCCCUUAUCAGCAAGCAACGAUGCUCGUGUCGAUUGUUUUGGGGCGUCGUUCCUGAUUAGAUCGGAUGGCUGUUUGUUGUUAUCCGUCCACAGUACGUCGUGUAUGUUCCUCUGUUUGUUAGGCGUGAGCGAUUAUCAAUCGAGAAGCGCUUCGUCAGUGCGUUAUUUUCAUCCUCGAAAUCGGAAGCUGCCGAAACCCGCUGCACAAAGUGGAUACCACCGAAACCAACAUGGAUUAUGCAAUCUGCAGCAGUCGAAGGCCACUUUUGCAGAACCAGCAUCAGGAUGAGGAAGAUGACAGUGAAGCGACCUUUUACGAUGAGAGCAACUAUGCGGGCUCGAUAAAUGCUGGUUCGAUCAAUAACAUUCCAUCGACGGCAAUCGUGGGCACGCGGAGUGGCACCCGGAGAACGGAAGAUGGCAGCCAUCGGAUAGCACCCAUCGAUAAAUACAACUUUACCUAUGCAGUAUUCUACCUUUUGGGGAUGACAACCCUACUGCCUUGGAAUUUCUUCGUUACUGCUGAGGAGUACUGGCACUACAAAUUCCGUAAUGUCUCCAGCAACGAUACCUCGAUUCUCACCCCCCGGCAGUUAGAGUUCCAGUCGGAUCUCAGCAUAGCGGCCUCGAUUCCCACCACCCUAUUUCUGGUGCUGAACGCCUGCUUCGGCCAUAUGAUAUCGUUGCCAGUCCGGAUGGUGGGCUCACUGAUCAUGAUGUUAGUCAUCUUCGUUGGAACCACGGCCCUGGCCCAGAUUGACACCGACCAGUGGCAGGAUACAUUUUUCCUCGUCACCAUGAUUUCCGUUGUGGUAGUUAACGCGUUUUCUGCCAUCAUGUCCGGUGGGAUUUUCGGUAUCGCCGGUCAAUUCUCGUCGGACUACAUGUCCGCAGUCGUCAGUGGACAAGCAUUGGGAGGCAUUUUCACGGCCCUCGCCGACGUUAUCGCCAUCAGCUUCGGAGCCCCAGCCACGGCUACGGCUUUCGUGUUCUUCAUCAUUGGGACGGUUGUUCUGCUGCUGUCCCUAAUCUUGUACCUGAUUAUGAGCAGAACGCUCUUCUUUAAAUACCACACUGCAUCGCAAUCGCUCAUGAAGAGCUCUCUGGAUGUGGACGGAAUGUCAAGGGAGUUAUUACCCCGGCAGAGUCCCACAUUUGUAGGAGUUUUGAAAAAGAUAUGGCUCUACGGAUUUGCCGAAUGGUUGGUGUUUGUGACGACCCUGUCCAUUUACCCUGCUGUUACUAUUCUGGUCGGAUCGCAGACACGUGGACACGCCUGGAACGAUGUCUAUUUCUUGCCUGUAGUUAACUAUCUGCUCUUUAACACCGGGGACUACAUCGGAAGAGUUUGCGCUGGAUUCAUCGAAUGGCCCUCACACAAUCCAUUCCUCAUCAGUUUGAUGUCCAUCGUAAGAAUUGCAUUUGUGCCGACCAUUUUGUUGUGCAACAUUAGGCCGCAUCACAGUUUCCCGGUAAUGAUACACUCGGAUUACAUCUUUAUCGCGUUGAUGGCCGGAUUCGCGCUCUCCAAUGGGUAUCUUGCCAACCUGGCCCUGAUUGGCGCUCCGAAAACGGUCGACCAGCCCGAAAAGGAAAUGGCUUCCUCGAUGAUGGCCGCCUUUUUGGGCAUUGGCUUGGCCUGUGGCUCUACCGUUAGUUUUAUGAUAAUCGAAAUGAUCAAGUAAAGUAGAGCUUGGAUAUUAUACUGCCGUUCGACGUAGUUUAUGGGUAAGUAACCACUAGAAAAAAAAAAUAGAAAACCGACGGAUCUGCGAUAUUCAUAUUAAGAUACAAGGUGCGGGAACGAAUUUGACCAAAUGACACACUUAUCUAUAGAAGUAAGAAGUCAGUUGUUAAUUUAUAGCGAAUGUACAGUCUCGUUACCUCGGUUUAGUCGAGCAAUGAGAUGAAGAUAUUAAAUCAAAUAUUAUAUUACACGAGUAUACAUCAUAUCGAGAAAUUCUGUU